UUUAUUUCUCCUAAUUUUUAAUUUUGUAUUUUCAAUAAUUUUUGGUUGUAUUCUGGAUUUGUCUGGAGGAUUGUCAUCAACAUUUAGCAUAGGUCGAAGCAGCAUUUCUAGUAAUAUUAGUGAAAUUUCUGGAGCUAUUCGUGAAAGGGAAUCGCUUUGUUUAAGACUAACACUUUCUAAUGAAGUACCAAUUCGAGCUGCACUUCUCUUUGCUGAAGGAAUUUUUGAUUCUGAAUGUUAUACUUCAUCCAAAUGGAAAAGAAAGCGCAGAAUUAAAUGUAAAUUUUUGUCCUGCAAAAAAUGUUUUUGCAGAAUUAUUUAUAAAAGUAUUUGCUGGCUAUUCAAUUGAACGUCAAUUGCGUGUAUUUGAGGUUAACCAAGUUUUGCCUCGUUUUGUUACUUUUGUCCAAAUUGAUCAAUCUAUUGCCCAACAAAAACCUCCAGAAUGCUUUGUGUCUUUUCGUUUGCAAAGUAGAAUAGAUCAACUUCGUCUUUGGAUUUGCGAGAAUUUUGUUUUUGUUGAUGAAGAAAAAUUACAAAAUGAGCCUAGUUUAGUGUCUGAAAGUGAGGGAAAUGAUGGGGGAAAGAAAUUACAGCUUUACUUUUUUUGUACGAGAAAUCAAGAGAUGCUUUAUAUUAAUUGGGAUUUAAAUAGGUAG